CAUUUCUCUGGUACAGCUUCUACAUAUUUGAUGAAUAACAAAGGCAUACUCAGAUGGGUGUCACCGCCCUCCUGAGGCUGAUCUGACUCCUUCACCCUGUAAUAGGGUCUCAGUAAAGUGGGUCUCAGAAGGUCAUGUGUAUGGUUUUCCUUUUGGGGGAUGGGGAGAUGAGUGCUGGAGGAGUCUCCAUCAAAGAGGACCCCAGGUUACUUCUUCCACUGAGACUCAGGCUGGGGGCUCUUCUGCUAGCACCCUCAUCAUCAGGAUCACCUGACGCCAGCAGCUGCCCAACCCCUGGGCAACACCAAGAACCUCCUGGCCUCAAACGGGUUGGGCAGCAUUCACUUCCCCAUGCUGACUGUCCUCCCCAAGCUGCUCAGUCAUUAGGAGAUGCCUCCAAGGCGGCUGCAGUGACAGCCGCUGAGAUCUGAGUAAAUCGUCUCAUCUGUGGAGGCCCUGGGUGCGAAGACCAAUGCGACACUCCUGGCUCCUGCUGAUCAGCUCUGGUUGCCAGUGACUUUUGGUCAUUUCCAAAACAGACACUGCCACAUCCUCCACAGAUGAAAAUCUGCCUUUGCUGAGACUCACUGGGAGAUUGUCUGCCUCAGGCAGCCUCAGAAGAGGAAUCUGAAGAAUGACUGAGCGUGGUUAAGGGGUGACUAUGCAGCCAGCCAGCAAGCAUUUGCCUGUCUAAGCCCUGCCUUCUCCCAGGGCCAUGUCAGAAGGAGAGAGCAAGGACAGUUCGGGCAGCGAGUGUCCUGUAUGCUAUGAGAAGUUCCGAGACCUGGAGGGGGCCAGCCGGACCCUGAGCUGUGGCCAUGUGUUCUGCCAUGACUGCUUGGUCAAGUACCUGCUGUCCACCCGGGUGGAUGGGCAGGUCCAGAGGACCAUUGUCUGCCCCAUCUGUCGCUACGUCACCUUCCUCAGCAAGAAGAGCUCCCGCUGGCCUUCCAUGCUGGACAGGAGCUCACAGACCCUGGCCGUGCCCGUUGGCCUGCCAUCCUCGCCGGACCGUGGGACCCCCACAAGCCCCCUGGCCAUCUCUCAGCCAGUCUGGAGAUCGUCCUCAAGCCAUGGUGUCCAGCUCCCCUUGGACCCGCUGCCCAGCCUGCCCCGGGAGUCGCAGAUCUUCAUCAUCAGUCGCCACGGGAUGCCCCUGGGCGAGCAGGACAGUGUGCUGCCCCGGCGCAGCCUGGCCGAGCUCUCCGAGGUGUCCCCAGCGCCCAGCUCCACCCGCUCCUUCUGCUGCCGGUCCCGGGCCCUGCUGCUCAUCACCCUCAUCGCUGUGGUGGCUGUGGUGGCCGCCAUCCUGCCCUGGGUGCUGCUGGUGAGGAAGCAGGCAUGAGCCAUGUCACCAAGAGGACAACUGAGGAAGGCCUGGCAUCAAAGCUGCUUUGCCAGGCCGCCAUGGCUAGGGGAGCCGGGGGUGUAGAGGUGACCAAUGCAGACGUGGAUCCCAGCUUUCAGGGAAGGGCCUGGGGAGAGACAGGGGCAGCCUGGGUUUAGGCUGGAGGCCGGAGAUCUGAGCCAAGCAGUUCAGCCUCCGUGUCAGUAAAUCCUUUGCCCUCACAUGGCUGGGAAUGGAGCAGGCCGGAGAUGGCUGGUCACUGCCCUCCAGUGGGGUCACCAGCCCUGAGGCACAGACUUUACCUGCCAGGAGACCUUUCCUGAAGCCAGGAGGUCCUCCCUGGUGACCAGGAAAUUCUGCUGGCCUCCAUCAUGCCCAAUGGCUGUCCAGUGGCAGGCCUGGUCCAGGCCAAAAUGUCUACCUAGGUAAGACUCUUGAUCCUGCCCAGAGGAACAAACAGAAAGGUCUGGGACAGGACUCUAACACAGGUUUCUCAGAAUCCUAGUGCCCACAUUUGAUGCUCAUGGCAUUCCACUCCCUCAAGUCUUUCCUGCCUCCACCCACUAACCUAGAAGGUGAUCUCAGAGGUUAUGACCCUGGAUUUCUGGGCAGAGUGGGAAACAGCAACAAAGAGUCACCCUGAAGAGCGAAGGCCAGGACAGGAAACAGUGGUUGGCUGUGGAAUGUCCCCAGAGUCAAAGGUCUCUCUACCCCAGGCCCAAGGAAUGGGCUUCAUUUCAAAUCUUGGGGUUCUCAGGGUGGAGUGAAAGGCAGGGAGCAGAGGGGACACCAGCCAGGGAAGACUUGAGUCAGCAGAGAGCUAUGUGGGCAAAUUAACCCCCGGGGGCUCCUGCCUCCCUCCCUCCUCCUUCUCCUCCUUCUCAUGACCCAACCAUCCAUUAGAGGCCACACCAGCCUGGCCAGUUUCUAAGGUGGAUUCUCAGGCUGAGCAGGGUGAGGAAGGGUGGGGAAGACAACAGCUGGACUUGUCAGGGCUGCUGUACCCACAGAUGCUGACAGCCAGGUGCUGCUGUGCUUGCCAAAGGCCACUGCCCCAGGGGAUAGAACAUUGGGCUGUGGUAGGGACCCUUGAUCAAGUCUGCCUCAGAUUGCAUCUCACCUGAGGAGUGACUAUUUGGGGAAAGCUCUUGGCUGGUUCAUGGGGUCACCAAGUCAACUCAACAAAAACGUCCAGCAAUUUUUACAGAUGGAUAGUGACUAACACUUGGGAUAUGCCAAUACCUAAAAUCCUCUCACACAGUUUAUAUCUGUU